AAAACCAUUAUCAAACAUAUGUAGGAGGUACCUAACUUUCCAUAUUAAUUUUGGAUAUUCUAGUUAAAUUGUAUUACAGGUACAAUACCCUAGGUACUUCCCAAGUACCGUACCAGGUAAUUAGCCCCAACUAGGUCACUUAACCACCCAGGGCCAUUGGAACCACCGAAUUCACCUGACCUAGGUAACUCUCUCUACCUAAUACAUAAUACAAUACAUAUACACCAAAGCUUCCCGUCAUUGAGUUCUACAAGCAAAUAAGCCAACAAAACAAACAACAUUCUCCAUCUCAUAAUUCCCCUUACUUAUCGCAAGAGGUUGUCCACGAUGGAGUCCUUUGCAAAACUCAAGCGUCGCGGCACCGACUUGCUCGGUUCCAUUCCCCAUAACUUACCCUCGAUGCCCCAUCUUCCCCAUCUGCCACGCCAGAGAGGCAGCAGCAGCAGCAGCAGCAGCCACACGAUGAAAGGUUCCUGGCAGCAUGUCUCCAUCCCGUCCCUUCCGCGGUCAUCCCAUUCCGUCGACGUGGUCGCCGGCCACGCGUACAUCUUCGGCGGCGAGGUCGAGUCCCGCAAGCCCGUCGACAACGACAUGCACAUCGUCGUCCUGCCUUCCGGCUUCGCCUCCGCCGACUACUACAGCGUCAAGGCCAGGCCUUCCCCCCCACAGCAGCAAGAGCAAGAGCAGGAACAUCAGGCCUCCGAGCCCGCCCCCGUCACGGAGGAGGACCAGAUCGCCGCCGACCUCAAAGAUCCCCUGACCGACGUCCCCCUCAGCUCUCCCACCCCGCCCGACGCAAGGGAGCCGCUUUCACCCGCCGGCAAUGCUAAGCCCAUCAACCACAACCCCCUCGGCACAGACGUCCCCUGCGCCCGCGUCGGCCACGCCACCGCCGUCAUCGGCUCCCGGAUCUUCCUGUUCGGCGGCCGCAGCGCCGAGUCCGCGUCGGAGCCCCUCGACGAGCGCGGCCGCGUCUGGGUCUUUGAGACCAAGACCCAUACCUGGACGUACCUCGACCCCGCCUCUUCCUCCUCCUCCUCCCAGACCGGCCCCGGCCCCGUCCCGCCUCCUCGCAGCUACUUCGCCGCCGUAGCGACCGACAAGCCGCGGGACUUCCCCUCCGGUGGCGGCAAAUCGUCGUCCCGCCGCCACACCGAGACCUGGAAGCAGUGGGCCGAGGGCGACUCGGCCGAGGUGGGCAUCCCGCAGCGCCCGAUCGCGGGGAACGUGGCGGCGCGGGCGACGGACGAGGAGGACGCCGGGUUCGGCACCUUCGUGAUCCACGGCGGGUGCCUGGCGGGCGGCGCCAGGGCGAGCGACGUCUGGGCCUUCGACGUCCGCAGCCGUACGUGGAAAGAGCUGCCGCCCGCGCCGGGCCCCGCACGGGGCGGGUCCGCCCUGGCCCUCGCCAAGGGCAGGCUGUACCGCUUCGGCGGGUUCGACGGCACGCACGAGCUCGGCGGGCAGCUGGACGUGCUGGAGCUCGCGCUCGACGCGUUCGACGACCGCGCGGGUACAGGCGAGGUCGGCGUUUCUGCGCGCGGCGGGUGGCAGACUCUUGUUCCGCCUGUAACUGCUGCUGCUCCUGCUACUGCGAGCGGGGAGGGUGACAGUGAGGGUGACGGUGAGGGUGACGGUAAAGGCGAGAGUGAGAAGGAGGAGGAGACGGCGAAGUUAGUCCCCACGGAAGAAUGGCCCGGGAACCGCAGCGUCAGCAGCCUGGAGCUGGUGUACGGCGGCGGCGGACGGGAGUACUUGGUGCUAAUGCUAGGCGAGCGGGCGCCCAGCGCCGAGGGCCACGCGGGCGCGGGCCGGUUCUGGAGCGACGUCUGGGCGUUCCAGGUGCCCCCGGCCGGGAUGACGGCGGCCAGCGUGACGGACGCCUUCCUGCAAGCCGUGGGGCGGCGGACCGGAGAGGGCAAGUGGACCCGCGUCGUCCCGGCGCCCUACGACGCCGACAGCAGCUUGGACGCCCAGGGCCCCGGCCCCCGGGGUUGGCUCGCCAGCGCGCCGCUCGGCGAUCUCGAGGAGAAUGCCAUCUUGGUGUUCGGCGGGCUGGGCGAGGAUAACAGGAGGCUUGGGGAUGGGUGGGUUUUUAGGUUGGGGUGAAGAGUGAAGAGUGAAAAGCAAAAAAAAAUUUGACGUAUCGUAUCAUAUAUGCUGUGCUGUUGGAAUGUCCGUUUUAGCAAAGCAGGUAACUAGUAAGUAGUACUUCUUCAACUUUUCUUUUUCUGAUUUACCAAGCUUGAAAAUGUUUUGGGUAUUUGUUACGACUGGUUGGAUUUUAAAUCAAACGAUUACAUGGGAAUGAAUCAAAGGGUAUGAGAGUGGAAGUUAUCAAAUCAGAUCAAAUCAAAUCAAAUUAGGUCAGGUCAGCAAAAAAAUAAAAAAUAAAAAAUAAAAAAAAAAGUGAUUGGGAUAUCUAUUACAGAGAAUGCAUGGGAAACGGCGCAAGGGGCGGU